GAACGUUAAUACUUCGUACAUCCAUCUGAUUUAAGGGCGGAGUUAUCUCAACUCCAAAACGUCAUUUCAAAUCAGUCAGAAAAGCUUCCAUUGGGUGUGCCCGCUACUGCCGGGACCGUUUUCCUUUGUGGCCUUAGCUGACCUUGCAGCGACUCAGAGCACGCCACCUUGACGCUCUUCUUUUGAAAACCCCUCGUAAAAGAACCCCUCGGUUACCACGACAUAAAACUGCCAAAGAUUAUCGCUCCUUCCGUUGAGCUUUGGAUAUUGGCAUUUCACAAGCCUUCCUCCGUCACGAUAACCACGAUAAGCACGAUAACCUGCCCCGCCCACGGUGCCCUUUCCGAUCUCAUCGAUCUUGUACUUACCUCGCACCACAUCGUGGCAUACCAUACCGACUCAUACUAGCGACACACGACCCACUCGAUGCUCGUCACACACGCCCAGAUGACACAAGGCGCAGGACUUAUUUGAGAGCUUUGACUGACCAUGGAGGAGCCCAUGUCGACACAGGAGCAGCAGCUCUGCCAGCUCCUUCUGGAGCUGCCUGCUCGCCACAGCUACCGCUACACCGACAAUGCCGCUCGUGAGCUCCUCACGGCGCUCUUUUGGUGCCUUGCUUGCGGAAGGCCCGACUAUAUGAAUCUCUUCUUCCCCACCGGCGGACCCGCGCGCAAUGGGACCUUGAAACUCAGAGAGGCACAAGGCGCCGUCGAGGGUGCAGAGUACACCGAGGCGGCCCGGGGCAAGGCUUGCGGGCACAUCUUCAAGCAAGGAGAGGCCUCAUAUGCGUGUAGGACAUGCAGCGCCGACGACACCUGCUGCUUGUGCAGCAAAUGCUUCGACGCCACCGAUCACACCGGCCACAUGGUCAGAAUCAACAUCUCGCCAGGCAACAGCGGCUGCUGCGACUGCGGAGACCCCGAAGCUUGGAAGAGGCCCAUGUUCUGCACCAUACACUCCAUGUGGGAGGGCGACGCCAAGGGAAAGGGAAAGGCGGAGUCCCCGCUGCCCGAGGAUCUCAUCGCCAGUAUGCACAUGACCAUCGGCCGCGUCUUUGACUAUUUGUGCGAUGUCAUAUCGUGUUCCCCCGAGCAAUUGCGCCAGACAAAGACGGUCGAGUCGAUCGAGCAGGACGAGAAAAUGUCAAGGCUAUCGUCGACAUACUGCGGCGGCGACACCGGGUCGCCGGGAGAGUAUGCUGUGCUGCUCUGGAACGACGAGAAGCACAACGUCAUCGAUGUCCGCGACCAGGUGGCUCGUGCUUGCAGCACCACCCUAGCCAACGGCCUUGCUAAAGCCUAUGAGACGGACGGGAUCGGCAGGAGUAUCUUGAUGUACGACAAGAGCAUCGAGAAGCUGAUCGAGGUCGCCAACACCAUCGAGCGGAUUAGGGUUACCGUCACGAUCCGCUCCUCCCGGGAUACCUUUAGGGAGCAAAUGUGCGGCACAAUGAUUGAGUGGCUCAGGGACAUUUCGGGGUGCAGUGUCGGCAAUGAUCACCACGUCCUGAGACAGAUUGUCUGUGAGGAAAUGCUCAAACCGUGGCGCAAGGGGAGCCCGGCCGCCCAUGCAAUUGUGGGCAAGGAUGGCAUUGACGACGAGGACCUGAUCGAGCGUGAACAUAGAGAAAACGACUUCUACCUCCAGCAGAGUAGAAUCUUGCUCCAGGCUCGUCAGGCAGCCCGAGCUGCUCGUAGGCCCCCGGCGGGCGAGGCGAGCGAUGGUGACGGAGAAGAAGAGGAGGAAGACGACGGGGGCGACAACACGCCGGGGAGCGACAUGGAUGAGGACGAGGAUGACGAUGACGACGUUAUGAUGAUUGAUCCUAGAGCCGAUGGCGACGAUUUGCCGAUGCAGGACUGGCGGCAAGAACAGGCGCUGGAAGAAGACGAAGCUACAGUUGCGGGCUAUCCGCCCCCCCCGCCUCCUCCGCCGGCUCCUCGUCGAGCAGCCCGCGAGCGCGAGCGCGAGCUCACGCCUUCUGACUCUGAUACCGCAGAGCCCCUUAUUGCUCCUUCGUUGUUUGCCAAGGCCCACCUGGAGGUUCCGAAGACCCCGGGUUUGAAGAAGGACGAGACAAGCCCACCCGUCAAACCGGGCCCCUACUGGCUCGCCACCCCUGCCGGGUAUGUAGAACAGGAAAAUAUUCCGGUUGCUGAGGAUCUCUUUGAGCGAGUGCGGCUCGACUGGAUGAUUCUGUUUGACCUGAGAAUGUGGAAGAAAGUUCGCAAUGACCUGCGGUCACUCUACAUUUCGACCGUAGUCACCAUCCCAGAGUUCAAACGCGUCUUAGGCCUGCGGUUUGCCGGUCUCUACACCACUCUUGCCCAGCUGUAUCUCAUUGGCGAUCGGGAACCCGACCACUCCAUAAUCAACAUAUCGCUCCAGAUGCUAACCACCCCGUCUAUCACGGCCGAGAUUGUCGAGCGGGGCAAUUUUCUUACCAGCUUGAUGGCUAUUCUCUACACCUUCCUGACCACUCGCCAGGUAGGACAUCCAUGGGAUGUAACACCGAAUGCGGUUCUGUCAUUCGACACGGGUUCAGUCACGAACCGGCGAAUGUACCACUUCUUCCUCGACCUUAAGUAUCUCUUUGGCUCUCCCCACGUCCAAGAACGCCUCCGAACGGAAGAGCGGUACAUGAUGCAAUUCCUAGACCUCGUCAAGCUACACCAGGGAAUCUGUCCCAACGUCCGAGCUGUAGGCGAGCAUGUCGAGUACGAAACAGACAGCUGGAUCGGCGCUUCUCUCGUUACACGUGAAAUCAACAGGCUUUGCAGACAGCUUGCUGAGUCCUUUCGCAAUGUCAAGGAGCAAGAUUCGCUCUAUGUGGCGAGGGCGAUACGCCUGGCAGCUAAAGCCGUGAUUGUCAACUCGAUUGGAGCCGAGCGACACAGAUUCACCCAGUCAGAGAUCAAAGACGAAAUCCGGUUCAAGAUUGUCGGCGACUUUGAGUUCGAAGUGCCUGCCCGCGAGAUUCACGUAGUGAAGUUUGUGGUGGAGGAGCAGCCCAUCAGCUUCCACCACGCCCUCCAUUAUACCCUAUCAUGGCUCAUUGAGUGCGGCAAAUCGAUGCCUAUCGAGCAACUCAGGGCACUUCUGUCCUUCACAACACAGGAACUCCUCAUGAAGCCUCGCUCCAUGGGAAGAAAGACAAUGCCAAGGUACGGAGAAUUCGGCCCAGAGGACUACCUCAUGGCGGCCUUUGACUACCCGCUCCGAGUAUGUGCGUGGCUCGCGCAGAUGAAGGCCGGUAUGUGGGUCAGGAACGGCCUAAGUCUGCGCCACCAGGCUGGCACGUAUCGUGGUGUGGCCCAGAGAGAUGUCUCGCACCAGCGCGACAUCUUUCUGCUGCAGACGGCACUUGUGGUUUGUGAUCCAAGCCGCGUGCUGGCGUCUAUCGUUGAUCGCUUCGGCAUGGAGAAGUGGGUCAAGGGCUUCUUCGAGCAAAAGUCCAAGGCUCAGGAUGACGCCCAACACUUGGAUGUCGUUGAGGACAUGAUUCAUCUGCUCAUUGUGCUACUCAGCGAUAGGACCUCGCUCCUUCCAUGCGAGGACGACCGAGGUCCGCACAUCGCAUCCAUGCGGCGAGAUCUCAUCCACGUCCUCUGUUUCAAGCCCAUGUCAUUCUCAGAUAUUUGCCAGAAGCUCCCGGAUAAGUUUCAGGAGCAGGAGGACUUCCACAGACUACUGGACGAAAUGACAACCUUUAAGUCUCCAGAGGGCAUGUCUGACGUUGGCACUUUUGAGUUGAAGCCACAGUACAUUGAGGAUGUUGACCCUUACAUCGCGCACUACAACAAAAAUCAACGCGAGGAGUCGGAGAUGGCCUGGCGAAAGUGGAUGGCCAAGAAGACUGGGAAGCCGAUCGAAGACGUCGUCUACGAGCUGAAGCUGAAGCCCAUCAAAUCGGGCGUAUUUGCUAAGCUCGGCGAGUUCACCAGCACCGGCAUGUUUGCGCAGAUCAUCUACUACUCGCUUCUCUAUACCUUGGUGUAUCCGAGAUUGACCCCUUCAGUUCCCUCUACGCGAGUAGAGACCUUUCUGCAGGUUGUGUUGCACUUAGUGCUCAUCGCCAUAGCAGAGGAUAACUCGGAUGAGGACCAGCCGCAGCAAGCCUCGUUCAUCGCCACCGCGCUUUCUCAGCAAGCUCGGAGCAAUUUCAUGCCCGAAGCUCCACAGGCGAAGACCAUUGUAUCCCUCUUGAACCUAAUCGCCUCCAAGGACGAGUUCAAAGCGUGCCAUCCAAAGGUGACAACUAUUCUUCGCCGAAUGCGCCAAAAACGACCAAGGAGCUUCGAAUUCACCUAUCAGCGUCUGGGCCUGUCGGUGGACCGCAUCAACACUGCUUCACCGGCCGGGAGCAGCGUCGAUGAGGAGCGCGAGCGCAAGAAGCGGGCGGCUUUGGACCGUCAAGCCCGGGUCAUGGCGCAGUUCCAGGCUCAGCAAAAAAGCUUCAUGGAGAGUCAGGGCGAUAUCAAUUGGGGGGAUAUGGAAGAUUUAGAAGACGAGGAUCUUCCACCGGUAGAGGAGCACAGGAAGUUUUGGAAAUACCCCUCAGGAACCUGUAUUUUGUGCCAAGAAGACACCGAUGAUCGUCGAUUAUACGGUACGUUCGCUGCCUUUACCCAGAGCAAUAUCCUCCGGCAGACGGAUUUUCAAGAUCCCGACUUUGUCAGGGAGGCAUUCAACACUCCUGAUAACCUCGACCGGUCCGCUGAGAGUAUACGGCCCUUUGGUGUCGCUCGCGAGAAUCGGCAAACAGUCCGCAAGGUUAACCAGGCCGGGGAGACGUUUGAGACGGAACGAACCGUCAUCGGUAAGGGCUUUCCGGCGAAUCUAUCUCGCCCAGGCCCCGUGUCCAUUGGUUGUGGUCAUAUAAUGCACUACAGCUGCUUCGAGGCCUACUUUGACGCCACCGUUCGCCGGCACAGCCAGCAGAUUGCACGGCAUGCUCCAGAGGAUACCAGCAGGCUGGAAUUUGUAUGUCCCCUGUGCAAGGCCCUCGGGAACGCAUUCCUCCCAAUCAUUUGGAAGGGUCAAGAGGAAUCUUACCCUGGACCGCUGGUACCAUCUACGCCGUUCUCUUCUUUCCUCGAUGAGCAGCUACGCUCGGCUUACUACACGCUUGGCGCGACACGCCCGCCCGAUCAAAUACAGAAUGCGUUCGCUGCUUACACGCAGCACAACAUGAUUAACAACCUCGCCGAGAAAUCUUCGCAGCUCCUGGAUGACGCUUGGGUCGAUCUCGGGGUGCAAUCCAUCUCUACAGGGACACCAUUCAGUGAAACAUUCUCUCUAACUUCAGUUCCGGAUACGGGCACACCGCGCACCACUCCUGAUGUCAACAGCAUGGUACGGGAGCUUGCCAACGUCUAUCGCAGGCUUAGGGACACUCUUAAAAAGAACGGCAUUACAUCGCGGCACCAGUCCGACGCUCCCGAGCAAGACGGGAAUGAGCUCUAUGGAAGCGACGCGCUGGCACGCUCCGUGGGCUUCUCCAUAUCUGCCGUGGAAAUCCAGCAGCGUGGCGCGGAGGCUGAGUACGGCAUGACCUUCCUGGAGAAGAUACCGGAUCAAGUCCUCACACAACUACGCAUCCUCAGCGAGACGGUGACGUCGUACAUUGCUGUCGGAGGCUUGCGGGAGUCGGGAGAAAACAGAAUUGACAGCGAGUACCGCAAGGAUAGCGAGCGCCAGCACUGCCAACUCUUCAUCACACAGUAUCAGGGCGAGGAGACCGAAAACACGCGCUUCCCCGCAGCCACCUACCCACCGCUGCUGAGCCAGGAUCUGUUUGUAUUCCUCUGCGAGUCUGUGUUUGGCGUUGCCUCGUCGCAAGGGUUUGAGAUUGCGCACUUGGUCCGUCUCUGCUACCUGGCCGAGAUCACCAAGGUGGUCUACCACCUAGCCCGGAACAUCCCCGCCACAAUCUGGAUCGACCGCAUCCUCAACCCGCACCGCCAGGACAUGGACCCUCAGCUCGCCAAUUUUGCCGACUUUUGCGAAGCCAUCUUUGAGAUGGACGUGGCCUGCACCUCGGAGCGCUUCCUCCCGGUCGCGAACCGUCCGCCCAUGGGCGAGAACAAAGCGUUUGAGCAGCCUGGGCUCGACACGCUCGAGGCGUGGUACCAGCUUGUACGCAAAUACGCGCUGACCUUCCUCCGCAAAUGCGUCAUCCUCUUGCACGUCAAGUUCGGGGUCGACUUCAACAGCCGCGUUUCGCCCAACCCAGAACAGCGCGAGCUCGAGCGACUGACCGAGAUGCUACGCGUGCCUUCGCUUGACGAGAUGCUCACCGCCCUGACACCCCACGUGAACGUGCAGCACGGCUGGCCUGCUGACACGCCGAGGCUCGUCGCCGGCUGGGUAAGGCACCAGGCUCAGUGGCCGUACACGGGCACCGACGAGUCGCUGCCGCCGUCGGCGGUGGUGAGCCACCCGGGCAUCUUUGAGCUUGUCGGCUUGCCCAAGAACUACGACACGCUCAUCGACGAGUGCACGCGCCGGCGGUGUCCGACCAAAGGGAAGGACAUUACCGAUCCCAUGAUCUGCCUCUUUUGCGGCGACAUAUUUUGCGGCCAGGCGGUUUGCUGCGCCAAAGAUAUCAAGGAGGGCCGGACUAGGGUGCUGCAGAUUGGCGGGGCGCAGCAGCACAUGCAAAAAUGCCAGAAGAACAUUGGCAUAUUCAUCAACAUUCGCAAGUGCUACGUCGUCUACCUGUCGCGCAUGUCGGGCAGCUUUAGCAGCGCACCCUACAUGGACAAGUACGGCGAGGUGGACAUUGGGCUGCGUUACGGCCGCCAGCUCUUCCUAAAUCAGAAGCGCUACGACUCGAUGUUGAGGAACCUUUGGCUCAGCCACGGCGUACCGAGCUUCAUCAGCAGGAAACUUGAGGCUGAUAUCAAUACCGGGGGUUGGGAUACCAUCUGAUGGGGGAUAAACAGUAGUGGGGGGUCUGUGAAUCGUCUCGGGGCUUAUGUAGUUUGUUUAUACGAGAUUACGAAUUGGCAUGGGGCCGAGGUUGUUUAUUGGUGCUGGGAUAUGUUAUUUCGUCCCUUUCCAACCCCAUAAUAAACUGUUCAUAACUAUGACCCAGUCCGCAUGGAUCAUAGAUUGUUGGGGCCUAGUGGAUGGCCCGCCAAUGAUCCUGAAGUGACUGAGAACGAGACUGAUUGGCUUUCAUGGGAUUGAAAUAACGACAUUCAGAGGAUCGAUCACAUUUCGAGGCCUACAAGAUCUCUUCAUACGGUCAAGAUGACACAGCAAAUUCCCAUCCGCGGGGGGAUGAUAAUUCAAAAUCUUUUCCCUCCGCUAAGCACCGUUCUAUAGGGUAUUGACUUGACAUGAUACCAAAACAUAUAUAUAGUAACCCUCAUCCGGGCG